UUGUUUUUGUUUUACUUCAUCUUAUUCUAAAAAAUAUUCAAAAUGAUUGACUUCCAGUCCACUGUUGUUGGAUUUGUUUUCACUGGCUUUUUUCUUUUGGGAAUGUGUGUGUUACAAGAUGUUUCAAGCCAGAGUGGAGACACCUCGCCUGACAGUUUCAUUGGGUUUGACUUGGUACCUGACAAAGUGGCAGAUGGCUCAGUGGUCCGUGUGCGGUAUCAGUGCUCCAGGCCAUGUCAGCUUGCAGUGGAACUUGUGGUGCCAACAUUAGGGCAGACAGAUUUGGUGGUGUUCAGGAGAAAAUGGAUCAGCAGCACACCUCAAGUCUCCAGUACCCAGCAGGUGUUGCUCAGAUUGCCUCCCCAUAUUUCACAUCAUCACCGCUAUUUCAGCAGGAAGGACUCCCAGAAUGUGACAGUUCGCGCUUGGUUGGAUUAUUUAAAAGAAGGCAAUGAAAUCAGCGACCAACAUGACUCCAUGUUAAGGAUUUACGAAGUGCAGCAGAUAUUACCUCUUUCUAUGCUGCCAAGAAACCCCCCCACUGGAUGCCUGUCAUGGUCUGCUUAUCUCAUGUGGCAAAUGACCAAAAGGAAAACCCCUCAGUGCCCACAUGAGUCAGAUGAAAUUGACAUGCUGAAAUUCCCAUUGGCAAGCACGGGUGAGCAUUUUGGGGUGGUCCGCAGGUUCCAGCCUUUCAUCACUCGAGYCCUGGAGAGAUCCCGUCUUUGUGCUGUAACACAACCCAGCGUCACCUUCUCUAUGUGGAUCUACCUACUAAAAUGGUGUCAGAAGAGCCCCUGUGGGAUCGUACAUCAUGUCGAUACGAACAAUUUAUUCAACUCUGUCCUGAUCCAACUUACUGACACAGGAGACAUCAUAAUUCAGGCCCGCAUGACAACAGGAGAAGAUGAAGCAUUUCGAGCCAGUAUAAUGUUGCCUCUGUGGAAAUGGAUUAGAUUGGACUGUUACAUUCUUGACUCAAAGGUGCUGCUGAAAGCAACAUGGGACAAUGAAACUCGCAGCUUUGAAUUUCAGAGUAAUAUCCACUACGAUGACACAGACGGAUACUUUGUGAUUGGAGGAGGCAAAUACAUGUCUAGCUUCAGUGGGUACUUUGGGCCCUUUAAGUACCAUCGUUUAGGAACUAAAGAGAUACAAAACGACCUUCACCCCGAGUCUACCUUACAGGAGCUGGACAGGGCUCAUAUGGAGUGUCGGGAAAUGAAAUCAUUUACAAAAGCUUUUCGGACUGAAGUCACUGAGAGUCAUCUGCUGUCACUAAACAAUGAAGCUGUUUGUACCAAUAACUUCACAAGACUGUGGGCAAACAAAGACAAAAAGAAAACCUGCGCAGAAGCAUGGGAUCGGGAAACACAACUAAAAUACAGCACACUUAUUCACUUCUUACUAACAGAAGAAAACAAUAUUAGAACAGGACGUUUAGGAAUGAGGCACCUUGGAAAUAGUUUGUUUGACCUGGCAGUUAGUACAAUGUUCCCAGUGGAAGAGUCACRGCUGAAAAUCCCAACCAAAUCACUGGCUUUAUUAAAGGCUUCUUCCUGCUUUGGAAAUCACAGAGCAUCUCUUCUGUUGGCCACCAUCUUCCUGUCUGGAUUCGGUCACCCAGUUAAUCAGGAGCAGGGUCACGUCUAUAGUUUGAUCGGAGCUUCCGGUGACGACCGUUUCGCCCUGAUGCAUUUAGGGUACAAACACACACAUGGAGCCGAUGGCUUUCUUAAAGACUGGGACAUGGCUUAUGGCUACUACUCCAAUGUUGGCGCGCAGAGCAGUGUCGACGGUUACCAAACACAUGAACAUAAGCAAUACAACCCUGAAUACAUCUAUCUAAACAAUGAGGAUGAUUUAAACACGCUGAUGCACACGGAAAGUGAUGUUUUUCAGUAUUUGAAAUUCCAAGCAGAAAGAGGAGACCUGGAAUCUCAGAGACGCCUGGGAAUGAUGCUUUACUGGGGACAAAAUGGAGUCUCAAAAGACACAGCCAGCGCAGUGAAGUGGCUUGAGAGAAGUGCUAUGCAAAUGAAGGAUCCCUCGGCAAUGUACGACUACUCCAUUCUGCUAAUGAAGGGCCAGGGAGUGAAAAGGAACUACACUCAAGGUUUUCAGCUUCUGAAAAAAGCAGCAGCGAUGGGUUCAAUUAACGCCCUGAACGGUUUAGGAUGGUACCAUGGGAUCGUGCUGAAGGACCAUAAGGCCGCGGUGAAAUACUUUGAACAAGCUGCUUUAAAUGGGAGUGAUGAUGGGAUGUACAACCUGGGGAUUUAUCGUCUCAGCGGGGAAAACCCUGACAAGCCACAGAGGAAUGAGAGUGCUGCAUUUGAGCUUUUUCUGAACGCGUCUCGGUUCGGUCACAUCGCAGCGUCUGUAGAGGCAGCGUGGUACCUUUCGACAGGAAGCCUGGAAGGAGUUUCUCAGGAUGUGCAUAGAGCUGUGAUAAUGCUGAAAAAGGUCUGCGAGAAGAACGGGCACCUUGGAUUCAUGAUCAGAGAGGCUCUUCAGGCCUACCUCCAGGGUUCUCGGCAGGAAGCUCUUGUGAAGUAUAUUUUGGCAGCUGAAACUGGUUUUGGUUUAGCGCAGAUCAAUUCUGCUCACCUGUGUGAGGAGCUGAAUCUCAGUUAUGACUGUCAGUGGAGAUAUGACAACUUCUCUAUAUUAAACUCUGAUCCUCAUCCAUCUGCUCUGYUGAAAGUGGGAGACUUCUACUACUAUUCCCUCAGCACACAAGAGGACUCAUUAUCCGUGGUUGAGCAGGCCAUAUCAAUGUAUAGCAGAGCAGCUGCAGCGGGCAGCCCUCAGGGAAUGUACAACUUAGCUGUUUUAGCACAGGAAGGACACAUUCUUCCACCGAGUGUUCUCGACUUGUUCAACGCGUCGCAUCGAGAUGAAACAGACUCUGUGGUGGAGAAGAUCCUAAAAAGAUGUGUAGAGAGUGAGGAUGAGGAGGCAGUUACACCCUGUUCUUUAGCUCUGCUCGGACUCCAGAUGGGAAAAGCCUUGAGCAGCAUGACUCAGAGCCAUGCACAGCUCCUCUUGGUAUAUGCAUCAGUUUUCUCUGUCCUUGUCUUUGUCGUGGUUGUGCCUAUUCAGAGCUGCCUGGAACACAGAUGCAGAACAUCUGGGCAAAGAAGAAGAACAUUUCCUGUUGUUGACAUUUAUGAAGGGCAGGGCGGCACCACGGGCAGAACCCAGGGUGAAGUGGAGAAUUCCUGGCUCUCUGUAAAUGUCCUGCAGUGGCUCCAGCAGAGCACUGAUUUGGCCGUGACUCUGUCCGGUGUUUGUCUGUGUGCCUUCUGGACCACACUCCUCUAUCACCUCCUAUGACCAACAUCUGCACAGUGACCCAACAGCCGCAGCCUAAUCCCCACACACUACACACUGGAGGAGCAUACAUUUAGAGGAUAACUUACAGAACUAUUCAUGUGACAAAGCUUGUGACUCAGAAUCUAAGUGGUGACUGGAUCUAAUGAUUAUCUGGCUUUUUUUAAUAGAAAACAAAWCACCUUCAUUUGGGUUAUUCUGAGUCUAGUUAAGAUCUUGUUUUAACCUCUGAAGCCCCAAGGGGUUUUCUUGAUGUUUUUGCUCGAAAUACCAUACUGAAAUGUAAUUGAGUGUAUCUCAGGAUUUACAAACUCUACUUAAAUAAUCUUUGUAUCAAAAUAAAGCUAACACUUUGGAAAUAUAAUUAGAAGUGUAAGUUUUAAAACAGUUGCUGUGGUUUUAGAGAUAUUGAGGAUGGAA